AAAAGAGUGUUUCAGAUGAUCGGAGGAGACUUUCUACUCUCACCUCUGCAAAACCAACAUCACCCUGUGGUCUGACAUGUUUGUCAAAGCCUUUCUUCUGCUCGUGGGUCUGUCAACUGCAUACUCACUAAAAUGCUACUAUUGCUUUGGCUGUGAUAAGUGCAAUAAUAUCAUGGACUGUGGAUCAGACCCAUCAUUCGAUCGAUGCUAUUCUGGUGUAAGUCAAGGAGUGUCCCAAAAGGCCUGUAUUCGCAAAUCUGACUGUGUCAGUAAUGCAGAAGUUCACAUCUCCUGCUGUGAGGGAGACUUGUGUAAUGGGAGCGCCUCCUCUGGUCCUGCUGUGGUACUGCUGCUCCUCUCCUCCUCCAUUUUCACUCUGUUUCUCUGAAGAUUCAUCACAUCUUUGUAACAGACGAUGUUUUAAAUGUCUCUGUAUUAAAUGAAUGAUUUAAUGAGACUUCCUGUUCAAAUGAAAGCUAC